GCCCAGGUCACCGCUGGCCGUGGUUCCCAGGCUUCGGCCUCUGGCGGGCGAGGGUCCCGGGGCCUGCAGGGCUCCAGGCCGUCUGUCCGGGCAGACACCUAGCGGGCGCGGGGCUGUGCGGGCCGGGCGAAGACCCCCCGAGCGCGAGUCCCGGAGCCCGCGGGCUGGGCCAGAGGGGCCGGACGGCGGCGGCGCAGGGCGGCGAGAUCGGGCCCGGCCCGUCUGCACCCGCGGCGGCCCGGCCGAGGCCCGCGGGACGGCGAGGCCCCGGUGGCCGAUUCGGGCCCCAGGAGGGUCGUCGGCCCUAAGUGAGCUUGUCUCGGAGGCCCAGAGCCGGCUCCUGGAGAACGGCGGCCCCGGGAGGUGCAGGAGGAGCAGGGCCCGCCCCGCAGCCCUUGGGAGACUUGGGGCAGCUCGGCGUUUCCCGACGAGGUCUGCUCCCACUUUCACUGUCCUCCACGUUUUUCCAAGAGCAGCAGAAGAUGAGUAGAUCUGUGGGGCCAGUGUCAUUCAGGGAUGUGGCCGUGGACUUCACCCAGGAGGAGUGGCAGCAUCUGGACCCUGAGCAGAAGACCACCUACCGAGAUGUGAUGCUGGAGAACUACAGCCACCUCGUCUCUGUGGGCUGUCACAUUAUCAAACCGGAAGUUAUCAUCAAGUUGGAGCAAGGAGAAGAGCCAUGGAUAGUGGAAGGAGAAUUCCUACCACACAGUUACCCAGAAGAAGUCCAGAAAGCUGAUGAUCUGGUUGAAAGAGUCCAGGAGAAUGAAGGCAAACAUUCAAGGCAAGCUAUAUCCAUCAAAAAAACCCUGACUGAAGAGAGAGGUAAUGGUCUUGGUAAGACUUUUAAUGUGGAAACGAACCCCAUUCCUUCAAAGAAAAUGUCCUAUAAAUGUGGCUCAUGUGAAAAGAGUUUGAAGUCCGUUUCAGAAUAUAUUAGUAGCGACGGCAGCUAUGCAAGAAUGAAGCCUGACGAAUGUGGUGCGUGUGGGAAACCGCUUCCCCACGUGAAGCUUGAGAAAACUCAUCCAGGAGACGAACCUUAUGAAUUUAAUCAAAGUAGGGAAGCUUACAGUCUAAAUGAAGAAAAAAUUUAUCAGAACAUUCAUAUUUUGGAGAAACCCUUUGAAUAUAUUGAAUGCCAGAAAGCCUUUCAGAAGGAUCCAGUUUUUGGUAAUCAUAUGGAGGAGAAGCCCUAUAAGUGGAAUGAAUCCGAAAUAGCCUUUCUCCAAAUGUCCAACCUCGGUGUACACCAGGGGUCUCACAUGGAAAUGAAGCCCUACGAAUGCAGUGCAUGUGGGAAAUCCUUCUGUAAAAAGUCCAAGUUUAUCAUACAUCAGAGGACUCACACAGGAGAGAAACCUUAUGAAUGUAAUCAGUGUGGGAAAUCCUUCUGCCAGAAGGGAACCCUCACUGUCCAUCAGCGCACACACACUGGGGAGAAGCCCUACGAAUGUAACGAAUGUGGGAAAACCUUCUAUCAGAAGUUGCACCUCAUUCAGCAUCAGAGAACUCACUCAGGAGAGAAGCCCUACGAAUGUAGUUACUGUGGGAAAUCCUUCUGCCAGAAGACCCACCUCACACAACACCAGAGAACACAUUCAGGAGAGAGACCCUAUGUCUGUCACGACUGUGGGAAAACCUUCUCCCAGAAGUCAGCACUGAACGACCACCAGAAGAUUCACACGGGCGUGAAACUCUAUAAGUGUAAUGAGUGCGGGAAGUGCUUCUGCCGCAAGUCUACUCUCACCACACACCAGCGCACACACACCGGUGAGAAGCCCUAUGAAUGUAAUGAGUGUGGGAAGUUCUUCUCUCGGCUGUCCUAUCUCACUGUGCACUACCGGACUCACUCUGGAGAGAAGCCCUACGAAUGUAAUGAGUGCGGGAAGACCUUCUACCUGAACUCCGCCCUCAUGCGGCAUCAGCGGGUGCACACCGGGGAGAAGCCCUACGAAUGUAACGAGUGCGGGAAGCUCUUCUCUCAACUGUCGUACCUCACCAUCCACCAUAGGACUCACUCAGGAGUGAAGCCCUAUGAAUGUAACGAGUGCGGGAAGACCUUCUACCAGAACUCGGCCCUUUGCAGGCACCGGAGAAUCCAUAAAGGAGAGAAGCCCUACGAGUGUUACAUAUGUGGGAAGUUCUUCUCUCAGAUGUCGUACCUCACCAUCCACCAUCGGAUCCAUUCAGGAGAGAAGCCGUACGAAUGUAACGAGUGUGGGAAGACCUUCUGCCAGAAUUCAGCCCUUAAUAGGCAUCAGAGGACACACACGGGAGAGAAAGCCUAUGAGUGUUACGAAUGUGGCAAGUUCUUCUCCCAGAUGUCCUAUCUCACUAUCCACCAUCGCAUCCAUUCGGGAGAGAAGCCCUUUGAAUGUAAUGAAUGUGGAAAAGCCUUCUCUCGGAUGUCCUACCUCACCGUGCACUACAGGACUCAUUCCGGAGAGAAGCCCUAUGAAUGUAACGAGUGUGGGAAAAAGUUCUACCACAAGUCCGCCUUCAAUAGCCAUCAAAGAAUUCAGGAGAGGGAAUGUGAACGUACUGGAUGUGGGAAGGCUUCUCUGAAGCCCAAGAACCUUCUCAGUGUGGUGAGUGGACAGCUCCAGCCACCGUCCGUCAGAGCUCACACGGUGACGCACACAAAUGAACCUUUGUGUUAGUCAUACUUGAAACCUGAGAGUUCACAGGGUAGAGACCACCGUUGUAACAAGACCACAGGACUCACCAUUGUAACAAGACCACAGGACUCAUCAGAUUCCAGACUGUACGGGAGUAAACGUUUAUAAAUAUUUAGAAUGUGUAUGAACUUCACCGUGAACUCAAACUGUUUUACAUAUCAGGGAAUUCAUACCAAGGGAAAAUCUCUCAAUUUAAGGAAAGUGGAACACCUAGUCCUUUGAAAAUUAUUAGUAUUAAAUGUUGUUUCUGAUGUAGUACCAAGCUCCUUGGGACUUGAAUAGCUGUUGUGAGUAAAGAUACUUGUGUAAAUAGAAGCUGUCAAAUCGGCAGGUAGCGAUCAAGACCGCAGCAUUGCAACCUGAUGCUCAUAUGCGAGUGUUCCUGGGAAUGUAGGACUUAACGUUUUUGAGGGGUUUUGGUCUGUCCACUUGUUUUUAGGAUGCUACAUUACAGGCAUUGUAUGUUCAUUUGAAUCAUGUUUGAAAAGCCAUUGUAUCUUUAGUAGAAUAAUUUGUAAGACAUGAUAAGAUUACCCAUUUAAACCGCUCCACCAUGUUUAGUAUCCUAAUACUGUCACUGAACUCCCAUCUGAUCGUGUGUGCACUACAUUCUUUCUCCUGCUCUGCUCUUCCCUGUCAGUGAACUCAAUCGUCUAUAAAGAACCUAAUGUUUUUAUAAUGUGUUCAACCUUAUCUGAGUCAGCAAGAGAUUGAAAUCUAUGCAUAAAAUAGAAAACUAUAUAAUUUUGAGUUGUUAAUCCCAGAAGUUUCCAGUAAUAAGUUUCCUAUAGCACUCAUUGCACUCUGUACAGUUAAACAGGACUUAGAAUACUUCCAUCUGUACUAAUUUUUCCACCUGCUUUAUUUUGUUUUAUUUUAGUGUGGAUGCCUACAUAAGUGUAAGUGUGCAGAGCACACAUACUGUGUAACUUAAGAAUUAUCUGUAUUUUUAUUUGGUGUAAUAGUGUUUUUAAAUAUCGUGUUCUACUCCUUCCUGAAUGAAUGAAGAACUCUUCAUACGGGUUUGUGGCAGACUUUGGUGAACGACACUAGUCCCUCACUCCUUACUGUUUGCUGGCAGAGUUUGGGUAUCCAUUCCUCUCCAUGGAAUGAAGGGUAAAUCCUGACUAGUUUCAAUUCAUGAUAAUCCUUUUCUCAUUGCCAGCUAUUGGUUUAGAGUGGUCACGGGACCCAGUUCUGUUCAGAUGAACAAAGGAGAUAUCUGACAGGUUAUCUCUGGAAAACAUUCCUUCAAAGAUUCAAGGAAUGAAUCAAGCAGGGUGAAGUAGAGUCUUCUGUGGAACGUUGCCUUCUCUGCAUGGGAUGCCUGGUUGUGUCUUUCAAAUGUGGAUUAUAAUUUAAGCAUGGCAGAGCAGAAAGAUUGGAAGGACCUGGGACCUGGACGAUGAUACUGAGUCACUGAACCGACCGGCCAUGUAGCUGUGCCACUUCUGGACUGCCUCUUCUAUAGUCGACUAAAUUUAUGUUUAAGCCAGUUGAUUUUGGUUGCUCUGUUAGCCAUACUGAAGAUACAAAGUUAUACUCUUUGUAGGAAUUAUGCAAUUGAGAAGUGGACUUGAGGUAAAUCAUCUAUUUAGAAGUAAGUACUGAUAGAGAGCUUUAUGUUAACUUUCUAUAAAUUUGGAUGUAAAUAAUUUGAGCACUACAAGUCAACUUGAAACAAUUAAAUGUAGAUGUCUCCUUGAAUUUUUACAUCAUUGACCUAAGAGCCUUUAGAACCUGAUACAGUGUCAGAUAUACCUUCCUUUAUACAAUGCAUGGCAGAUUUUGUUUAGGUUAAUUUGUGUUAUCCAUGGAUCAUCACUAUAGUGUGUUUGCAGUAUAGGUGUUGAGGGUAAGGACCUUUGCUUUCCGGUGAUUAGCUGGAUAGCCUCUAUUUGCAUAAUUGACCCCUUACCGCUGAGGUGAAAUGCCAUAUUUUUCAUGUAUUUCAAUCCCUCAUGGCAUCUGUUUUUGUUGCUUAGCACUUUCCCUCCAUAUUCUUCUGGAUGAUCGUGAGUAUGCUACAUAGCAGGAAUGAGAAGUCUGGUAGGUUGUAUAGUUUUGUAUAGGAAAAUAUACUUAAGGUGUAUUUGUGGAAAUGGUACCUACAAAGAAUUUCCCACAGUCAUUUGUCAUUAUAGCUUUAAAUACACAGUAUGCAUUUUAAGUAAAACAUUCAAAAGUUUCAAUGGUUUACCACAUUCUUUGUCUCUUAUGUAGUGCCUGUGCGUAAAAGGGCCUUACAUGUAAGUGGUCCCUAACUGCCUUUCUGAUGAUGGAGUAGAGUGACCUGUCCAGUUUCAAACAUGUCGGUGUCCUUGUAUUAUUACAUCUCUGAACGUAAGAUCAGUGGCAUGUUCAUUAAUGCCACUGUUUUUCUUCUUCCCUAGAGGCAUGUGAAACAAUGUGGUUUGUCUUUGACUUGAUGGAAUACAAUAUCUGAAAAGUUUUUCACUGUUCCUGGCAAGUGUGUAAGGUAACACAUGCCCAAGUUCAUGAAAGAAAGCACUAGAGGGACUUCAGCCUCCCUAUCCUAAAGCAAGGACUGAACAUGGACUUGGGGCAGAGCAGGAGUUCCUGUAUGUUGUACACAGUGACCUCAUAAUUUGGGGUGUGACCAGAUUAUGAACUCUGAGGGGGGAUUUUCAGGGGCUGAGCAGAAGGAAGGCCCUUCCUGGCAGGUGGACACAUGACAUUCCCCCAAUAUUUUGUCUCAUCCUCAAGUCAGUGAAGUGGUGGCUCAUCAACUGCUUCUUACUUAGGUCCAAAUGAAGACGUAGUUUUAACACCAGGGCCCUGUCCCCUCAGAGGCCCCAGAGUCGUCUGCUUCUUUGUUCCACAUCAAUAAGCCUGGCUGCACUGUCCAGUCAGGCCCCCCAGAGAAGACUGUACAGUCCACAGGUUGUAGCCCAGGUAACUGCCAGCUUUAUAGAAGGCCUGCACUUAAAACAAGGAAAUUCCUUUUCCUUCUCAUCACAGGGAUGACUGCAUCACAGGUUGUUUUUCUCAUCCCUGAAUUUAAAGUCUGUGAUUCCUGCCAAACUGUUGAAACUAGCAUGGGCUGUCAACCUGUUUCCUGAGUCCAAGUCUGGGAUGCCAUUGAAGCCAGAGUGGUUCGUGGGUCCCGGGACUGCAGGGGGUACACUGGGGGCAGAUGGCUUUCUGCAGGGAGCUUUGAGCAGCCAGAGACCGUAGGGAGGCAAGCGCUGAAGGGAAUGCAGGGAAUAUCAUCUUUUUCCACGCUACACUGCUUUCUACUGUAGUGUCCCAAGCACUUAUUGCCCGCCAAGGUCCUUUGCGAGGCAGAAAGCAGGUGCGUCAGCUCCAUCCAGUGAGGUAAGGGCUGGAGGCAAUGGACAUGGUGCGAGAUGGAGCAUUCUCUCCUCACUCCACAGUCACGUCACUACAGGAAGUAGGCACGGUUUUCUGGAUGUAGGAGGACCUUUUGGUGAUCAUGUAACGUGCCGAGAGGGGGUUUCUCCUAGUUGGAGGUGGGCUUUCUCUUCUUUUAACACAUACAUCUGCUGUGGCCACACUGAGGAGCAGGAAUGGGGAUUAGACCUUCCGUCAGCAGAGAUUUGUGGAUAACUCAGCAAGAAAAAAUGCUGCCAGAAGACCUGAAGGAGUUUACCAAGAGAACACCACACGUCUCCAGCACGGGCAGGCAUGAUGGGAUGUGGAAAUCCAGACUUCAAAAUGGUCUUACUAGACAUCCUUUAAGAACAGUAUAUUAGUUACAUGAAGCAGGAACAGUUACCCCAAAAGAGGUGGGGGGAAGGAGAAAGGGCAUCAAUAAUUGGCAUGAAGUAAAUACUUCACUAGAUGAGUUUAAUUGCAGAGCAGAGACAGCCACAAAGUCAGUUAGUGGGCUGUGUGGUAACAGCAAAUGAUUUCACCCUGGACACCAGGAAGAGGAUGCAAUGUGAAAAAUCAAACACUGAGACAGAGAGGACGGUAGACAUAAUACCCACAUCCUGGGGUUCUCAAAAAGACAAGAUGAAAAUCCAUGAAUUUAAAAUUUCUCAAUUUAAAAAAGAAUGAAAUUAAGAGAGUUUUGUGAUGCCAAAUGGAAAGAAGCAGAAAAUCUCAGGUCUGUAAAGCAAAACAUUGCUUUGACCUAAGACCAAUACCUAGAGUAGAUGACAUCCAGUAAAGUGACAAGAAAAGGCGGCGCAUCCACAAGAAGGGCUAGGAUGGUGCUUGGAGUCCUCAGUCAUUAGAAUGCGCGAGUUAAAACAAGUUACACUGAUCAGAAUGGAAUAAAUGACAGCAACAUAAAAUAAAUAUGGGUAAGGUUG